CCCGACUCGUAGAACUCUAAUCUACACUUACAGUCGCCGUUGGUAAAUUUUCAUCAAGAAUAUGGGGAAAAAGUAUUGCUGUGUGCCAUUAUGCCACAGUACGUCAGACAGUCUAGAUGAAAAUGGAAACAAAAUAUUUAUGAGACGUUUCCCAAUUGGUGAGAAAAGAAAGAAGAUAAGAGCUAUGUGGAUUUCAAGAGUUAAAAAUAUUCGUGCAAAUUUUAAAGUUAAUGACAACACGAGAAUUUGUUCUAGACAUUUUGAAGAACCUUACACUGAACAUUCAGUUCCCACAAUUUUCCCUUCUAAGGAACAAAAGCCACAAAAUACUAGACGUCCCCUUGUAAAACAUGAUUUGAACUGUUCUUAUGACUAUGAAAAGAAUGUUACAGAUGGUGAGGAUUCAGUUUCCCUGGGUUCUAACCUUACACAGGAAGAUGAAUCGCAUAUUGUGACUUUAACUAUUGACAGCAAUGAGAAUAUAAAUCCACAGGACAAUAAAAAUGUUUGCCUGCAACAUGUCUCCACUCAAGCUGGAGAACCACAAGUUACUGACGUAAAAGAAUGUAGUGUGGAGUCUAAGCUUCUUUUCAUGUCAUAUGAAGAUAUUAGACAUGAUGAUAACAAAAUAAGAUUUUAUACAGGGUUCUUAUCAUCUUCCAUGUUUUGGUUAUUCUUCUCAACUCUCAUGAAACAUGGUGCUGACCGUCUUAGUUAUUGGGAAGGAAACACAAGAUCUCUUGGUGAAAAAAAUUACCAUGUUAAUAAUAGUGCUAAACCUGGUAGACAGAGAAAACUUAGACCUGUAGAUGAGUUUCUGAUGGUGUGUAUGCGAUUAAGACAAGGAAUGCUGCAAGAGCAUCUAGCAGACUUAUUCAGAGUCUCAAUGUCUUCAGUGUCCCGUAUUAUGAACACAUGGAUAAAUUUCAUUUAUGAUCAUUGCAGGUCACUUGUCUGUUGGCCUACAAGAGAACAAAUUUUAUGUAAUCUACCACAAGCAUUUCAAACUAUCCUGACGUACGGAUAA